AUGACAGCCUAUAUACCGGCUCUGACGAUCCCUCACGGCGUCUUCGCCAACCCUGCGGCCUCCAUCCUCCUCCCCAUCGGCCUGGGGACCGCGGUUGGGUACAGCACUCGGCCGAAAGAGACCCAGAAGACCUACCAGUCGAUCAAACAGCCGCCCUUCCGGCCGCCACCCUAUGUCUUCGGCCCAGCGUGGACGCUGCUCUACGGGCUCAUGGGCUACGCGGCCCACCGCGCCAUCACCGCCGGUCUGAGCCCGCUGACCUCCACACCGCAGCUCAUCAGGGACACCAAGCACUCCGCAACACUGUACACCAUCCAGCUCGGCCUCAACCUGGCCUGGAUGCCCCUCUUCUUUGGCCUCAAGCGCCCAGUGGAGGCAACUGUCGACAUCGUCGCUCUCCUGGGGCUCAACGUCUACCUGACAAGGCUCUGGUGGCCCAUCGACAGGAUUGCAGCCUACUGCAUGCUGCCGUACCUUGGCUGGCUGAGCUUCGCGACGUAUCUGUGCUCCGGCGCCGGAUACCUCAACGGUUGGGACUUCAAGAACAAGGACCUCAAGAAGGAGUGA